ACUCUUGCAUCUGAAAGCAGGAGAGAAGCAAGGACUUCCUGUGUGAUCUCGUUCAGCUGACUACAGCCUAGCUUCCUCUCCGGGAGCUUUCUGCUUCUGCAGACCGAGGACGAGGAAGGCUUGUGAGGGUUGCUGCAAAACUCCGAGAGCCGCCCGGGACCUCCGUGCACCAGAAGUAAUAGAAGCAACCAUAAAUGCGGAUCGUUCACAGCCGCGGGUCAAGCUUUUCCUGUUUCCCUGCCUCCAAGCGACUCGGCGCGCCUGCCUCGGCUCAGCAGCCCUGCCGCAGAUAGCCUCGGUGGAGCGGGGCUGAUGGCCGUGGAGCUCCUACCGGCCUUCACCAUCGCCACAGUCACCCGUCUGAGUGCCCGGUAGAGAAUUACGGUCUAAAACUUCGCCUUUCAGGCGGCUGUAGUGCCGCAGGAAGCUCGAGGGGGAAGUAGCGGCAGAACGAGGCGCAGCAUCGCACCGUGCAUGGUGCUGCGGUUUGGGGGCGAGUGGAUGCGCAGACGGAGCUGACCCAGAGAUGGCUGUUCUGAAACUGGCCGACCAGCCUCCUCUUAUCCAGGCGAUCUUCAGCGGAGACCCUGAAGAGAUCCGAAUGCUUAUAUACAAAUCUGAAGACAUCAAUGCCCUGGAUCCAGAUAAACGCACCCCGCUGCAUGCGGCAGCAUUCCUGGGAGAUGCAGAGAUCAUCGAGCUCCUCAUCCUCUCCGGGGCCAGAGUCAAUGCCAAAGAUAACAUGUGGCUUACCCCUCUGCAUCGCGCCGUGGCAUCCCGCAGUGAGGACGCCGUGCGGGUUCUGAUCCGACACUCUGCAGACGUGAACGCGCGGGACAAGAACUGGCAGACGCCGCUGCACGUCGCCGCCGCCAACAACGCUCUGAGGUGCGCCGAGGUCAUCAUCCCACUGCUGAGCAGCGUCAACGUGUCGGACCGCGGCGGGCGGACCGCGCUGCACCACGCCGCCCUCAACGGCCACACAGAGAUGGUGAACCUUCUGCUUGCUAAAGGAGCGAACAUCAACGCCUUCGACAAGAAGGACGGCCGAGCGCUGCAUUGGGCCGCUUUCAUGGGUCAUUUGGAAGUAGUGCGUCAACUGGUGAGUCAGGGUGCAGAGAUCAGCUGUAAGGACAAGCGGGGGUACACGCCUCUUCACGCUGCAGCGUCCAGCGGACAGCUGGCCGUGGUCAAACAUCUGCUCAACCUGGCUGUAGAGAUUGACGAGGCCAACGCCUUCGGCAACACGGCGCUCCACGUCGCCUGUUUCAACGGCCAGGACGCCGUCGUCAGUGAGCUGAUCGACUACGGCGCCAACGUCAGCCAGCCCAACAACAAAGGCUUCACCCCGCUGCACUUCGCUGCUGCCUCCACACAUGGAGCACUCUGUCUGGAGUUCCUGGUCAACAACGGGGCUGAUGUUAACGUGCAGAGCCGAGAUGGGAAGAGUCCUCUUCACAUGACAGCGGUUCAUGGUCGUUUUACCCGCUCACAGACACUCAUCCAGAAUGGUGGAGAAAUCGACAGCGUGGAUAAGGAUGGCAACACUCCGCUUCACAUUGCCGCCCGCUAUGGCCACGAACUCCUCAUAAACACGCUCAUCACUAGUGGAGCGGACUGCACAAGACGAGGAGUCCAUGGGAUGUUUCCUCUCCACCUGGCGGCCUUGAACGCUCACUCUGACUGCUGCAGGAAGCUGCUGUCCUCAGGUCGGAGGUUUAGCAUAAUGUGUAACGACUCGGUCCUGUCCGCAGGCUUCCAGAUAGACACCCCGGACAGCCUCGGAAGAACGUGCCUGCACGCAGCCGCUGCUGGGGGUAAUGUGGACUGUGUCAAACUGCUGCUGAGCAGUGGGGGGGAACACAACCGCAGAGACAAAUGUGGCAGGACUCCGCUGCAUUAUGCAGCAGCCAGCCGUCACUUUCAGUGUCUGGAGACCCUGGUAGCUUGUGGCAUUGAUAUUAAUGCGACCGACCAGUGGGGGCGCUCUGCCCUGCACUAUGCUGCUGCCUCAGACCUGGACAGAAGGCGGCGUGUUGCCUUGGAGCCAGAGAGCGAGGGAGUGCAGGCGGAGAGGGAGAAGGAGGCUGCGCUAUGUUUGGAGUUCCUGCUGCAGAGCGGAGCGACGGCCUCGGUCAAAGACAAACAGGGCUACAGUCCUGUCCAUUACGCUGCCGCCUUCGGACACAGGCACUGUCUGGAACUGCUGCUGAACAGAGAUGAUGGACCUCAAGAAGAUCCUGAGUCUCCUCAUGCCAGGAGCCCUCUGCACCUCGCUGCAUACCACGGCCAUGCCCAGGCUCUGGAGGUCCUUCUACAGGGGGAGAGGGAGGUGGACCAGGCAGACGAGGCAGGACGGACCCCUCUGGCCCUGGCCGCCCUCCGGGGCCACACCGACUGCGUUCACACGCUCCUCAGCCAAGGGGCAUCGCCACACUCUAGUGACCAGCAGUAUGGCCGUUCACCUGUUCACCUGGCAGUGAUGAACGGCCAUACGACGUGUGUGCGCCUCCUGCUGGAUGAAUCGGACGGCGCGGAGCUCAUUGAUGCCGCUGACUCUCAGGGACAGACUCCUCUGAUGCUGGCGGUGGCUGGAGGUCAUGUCGACGCCGUGUCGCUGCUGCUGGAGCGGGAAGCCAACGUCAACGUGGCUGACAGCCACGGCCUCACAGCCCUCCACCUCGGGCUGCUGUGCGGUCAGGAGGAGUGCAUCCAGUGUCUGCUGGAGCAAGAGGCCUCAGUGUUGCUAGGAGACUCUCGGGGUCGCACCGCCAUCCACCUGGCUGCCGCGCGAGGCCACGCCUCCUGGCUGAGCGAGCUUCUGAGCAUCGCCUGCUCAGAGUCGCCCUCUCUGCCCCCACUAAGAGACCACGGCGGGUACACACCUCUGCACUGGGCCUGCUACUAUGGCCAUGAAGGGUGUGUGGAGGUUCUGCUGGAGCAGAAAGGCUGCCGGUGCAUCGACGGCAAUCCGUUCACUCCUCUACACUGUGCGGUGUUGAACGAUCAUGAGCCGUGUGCGUCGCUGCUGCUGGAGGCCAUGGGGUCGGACAUCGCUGGCUGCAGUGAUGCUAAGGGCAGGACUCCUCUCCACGCCGCGGCGUUCAGCGGCCACGUAGAGUGCAUCCAUCUGCUCCUUUCCCAUGAUGCACCUGUGGACAUCGCAGACCAGUCGGGCCGCACUGCACUCAUGAUGGCAGCUGAGAAGGGCCGGGCCGAAGCUCUUGACUUGCUGUUGACCAGCGCUAACACCAACCUCAGUCUAACAGACAAAGAUGGCAACACCGCCCUGCAUCUGGCUUGCAGUAAUGGGAAAGAAGACUGUGUGUUGUUGAUCAUGGAGAAGAUGUCUGACUCUUCACUCAUAAAUGCCACAAACACAGCGCUGCAAACUCCGCUCCACCUGGCCGCCCGCAGCGGCCUAAAGAAGGCAGUCCAGGAUCUGCUGUCCAGAGGAGCCAACGUCCAGACGGCCGAUGAGAACGGUCUGACCCCUGCUCUGGCUUGUACUCCUAGCAGAGAGGUGGCUGACUGUCUGGCUCUCAUUCUGGCUACCAUGAUGCCUUUCUGCUCCCCUUGCAGCUCUGGAGCUCCCUCCCCAGGCUCCCUGCUGAGGCAGCUGCCCCACCAGGGGGGUAAAGGCGUGGCCGCCGGCCCUCGGGGACCCCGCAGCCCCAGGAACCCCUCGGGACCUUCCAGCGAGGGAACUACUGAGAACGACUCGGAGGACUCUGAAACGUUUUGAUGAUUCUUACCUCGAGCUGGUCACCCGGACUCCUCAGCAGAACGACGCUCCUGCCAAGCAGAGCGGGACGUUGGUCAGCAUGGAGCUCCAAAGGGAUUCAGUGUUACAAAAAGAAGCAACUUUACAAUCAUCAUUUACAGAUAUUACAAAAAAUAUAUAUAAAAUAAUAAUCUCAGAAAAUAAUUUCUAAUUUAUUCUUUAAAUAAUUUAUAUUUUCAUUAGCUUUUUUUCUUUUCUUUUUUUGUUUUUUUAAUGAAUCAUACUUGUCUGAAUCGGUUACAAACUAAAAUUUAUUUUAUUUUUUUCUAACAACCAGGUUUUGUUCUGCUGCGAUGCGUUCUUGGGAUUUUGUGCGAAACAUGAUCAACUUUUCAUGCCUUAUGAAAAAGUCAAAUCAAAAUCUAACUUUCUUGACUUUCAAGUUUUAGAUUAUUGAAAAAAAAUCUGUAGUUUAUAAAAAAUAAUGAGGAAUCUAUAAAUCUGCUUGGAAUAGGAUGUUGAUUGGCCAUUGCACCAUUAGCUGUGUUUCCACUGUAGGAGCCUCUUUCAGUUACUCCUCAGUUAAAAAUGUUAUUCCUGAAAGUCAGAGCUUUUUAGUUUUAUCCAUUUGGUGGCUAAACAGGACGCCAGGAUCGGAGCAAUUAAUUUCAAAUUCCUCUAGUUAUAAAUUAUAAAUUUUACAGUUCGACACUGACUUUCCUUAGCUUUGAAACUGGAAGCGCUAUAAAAAAAAAAAAAUCUGAAAUCAAUGCUGCAUUAGUCAGUUUUUUUUUUUUCUUGGUUUGAUUCUGGGCAAUAAAUGAAUAACAACAUACUGUAUAUCGCGAUAGACACUUGAUCAAUAUAAAUAUUCAAUACAUCCAGUAGAAUUUUCAAUCCUUUCAUUGAGCUCUGAUUCAGAACCGAGCAGCAUUCUGGGGGAUGUAGGCAGAGGAAAGGCUUUAGCUGGCCAGCUAAGCACAGUUGAUGACACCAACAAACUCACUUACUCUUUGGUUACCUAGCAACAACCUAUUAAGUAACUUGCGCAGCAACAGUUUCAUGUUUCUCCCCUGUGUCUCACUGCUUACUGCUGAAGUAUAAAAAAAAACAAAACAUGCAUUGCAAAGAGAAAAAGCUGGAGAGGAAAUUGUGAAUAAAACAGGAAAGGUCACAUCACCGGUCUGGCAGUAUUUCACAUAUUUAAGACAAAAUAACUAAUCAAUAAUUAUCAAUAUUGAUUGAUAUGAAACCCUUGUAUUGAGUCACAUCUUUCAGUCAUAUCGUUCAGCCCUACAGUGGAAACAAACGGUUAACAGAUGCAGUUUGGGAGCCGAUAGCUGAAACGCGUGUGAGUUUAAAAGCAAUAAGAUGACUUGCUUAAUUUUUCUGAACAUUCAGACUUGACUGAAAUUAAUAUUAAGAAGUAGUAUUUUUUUAGUAUUGGUUUUUGGUUAAACAGAUGACGUAGUCCAGCUGUUACACAGUGAACCCUUGGGGCUCCACAUCUCCACAUUGCGCCUGCGGACAGUUCCUCUCUGACUCUCGGAGCAGGACGUCCGGCGGCUCUCCUUCGUUUCUUCCCUGGACCGGCGCCUGCGGCCGGCCGGCCCGCUCGGUCCACGGACGAGGAGAGCUCCAUCUGGACCGGCCUCAGCGCCGGUCUGCACGCUUACACUGACUGACGCCGCAGUUGGUUCUUACGCUCAGGUGGUGCUUCAAUGUAAACUAACCUCGGUACUUAGCAUCUGCAUGGCAAAGCCAUGCCGCUCCGAGACGAGGUUUCUUUUUUUUGUAAAAAAAAAAAAAAAAAAAAAAAAAAAGCCAUUUUAACUGUUUGUACACAAUUAAGAUUAUUCAGAAAUUCCAGUGUAGUUUUAAGUUUUUUAAAACUUGUACCAAAUAUUUGACUUCCAUGCAUAGAUAAUUGCCAUGUACUGAAGGGUUACAUGAGCAGGUACUUUUUGAAAUGUUUUACCAGCUUAAAAGCACAAGUUUGGAGUUGGCUGUGUGGUUUGAUGAAAUGUGAGCAGUACAGCCUCAAUGAGAUGCUUGGUAGUUUAAUUUUCACCAGGAGAGAGAGAGAGAGUAAGAGAGAGAACGGGUACAUCUCAGUUCCACCAACAGAAAAUGUCACACACAUCAUUGACUGGAUUUAACCGAAAAUGAAAGGUUUUACACGGUACGAUAUAAAUGUGUUACCAACUCUUAUGGAGUGAAAAUCGAGGCUUUCCUGUUUCUCAUGCUGUCCUGUCUGAUCUUACUCCAAAUAUGUAAGUGUUUUACAAUCUGUCAUAUUUCAUAGGAGUCAGCUGGUCGGAACCAAAGUAAAUGAGAAUAGGGUGUAAUGUUGAGAUUUAAAAAAAUCUCAGCAUUAAGAAUAUGUGGGAUUUGAGCGUAUUAACAAAAUCAUUAAAAAUACUUUCCAUAGAAGAACAUUGGUACAACAGAGUUACGGGUAUAAAAAAGAUUCAGGAUGAAGGUACUAGACUUACAUAUUAGCAUAGUAACAUUUCUUAGAUCUUAGUGUAAAGUCCUAAGAGUUCUCUUAUAUGGGAAUCUCUCAUAUUUUCUACCAGGAAAUUCUUUAUUCUGGCAGAAAACAGAAUCUGAUCCAAGUGAGUCGCCUAAUAUGUCUUCACCAGCAGAUCUGUUGAGAAAGGAGAAAGACGUCAUUGCUACAUGAAUCUUUAAUGUCUUCAAACUUUCAAAAUUCUCCUUUAAGGAAAAGAAAUUGACACUGGGGGGGGGGGAACACCAGACAAACAAAAUAACUAUGAUUUGCGUAGAAUACCAACUGCCCUUAUUUUUAAAUGUCGGUAUGGGCAUUGGCCUUAGAAAACCCCAGAUGGUUCAGAUGAUGUGUGGAAUGAUUCGUUGAGGGAACAGGGGUGUACCCGUCGAUGGAACGCAGUAUUUGUGCAGAUGUGGACGAAUCAUGAGAUUAUCACGUACAUUAGUGCGUUUUGUCCCGCAGUCUUAAAUGGCCUCCUGCACUUUGACCUCUCCAUGUGAACCACUCGGUUGUGCGCGUUUGCACACUUUACAAUUCAGAGUAGCACGGUUUGCAGAUUCCCAGAAAAAGACCAAAAGUCUCCUGUGGUGAAAAUGUCUUCUUUGCUCAGUUCUUUGUGCUAUUUAUUAACUUCAUGAUGGUACAAAUACUGCCAGCACUUAAAUGUAAAAUUACACAGGGCCUUGACCACUCCCCCCUCCUCCCUCUUUUCUCACCCCCUUUUGUCUGCAUACCAGCAACGUGCCAUUGUCUCUAAUGUGUCCAGUGCCUUGAUGUUGAUUCACGUGGUUCGUUUUAUAAUAUUUUCUAUUUGUAAAUUCCGGAAAUGUUUUGUUUUGUUUUUUUCUUAAAGGAUAAGUUCACCAAAAAUUCCAAAUAACUUGUAUGUUAAUAAAAUUCACUUGAAUACUUGAAGAUUCUCUCUCCUUGGGUUUACUGCUUUGGCUUUUUGUUGGUUCUUCUCCAUAAAUCGAAGUCACACAUCGAAAAACUUCACGAUUUUAAAAAUAAUCUGCCUGUUUCAAUCCGUGAAGAGAAUAUUCGAAAUGCCUUGAGAAGAGAUCGAGUUGCCAUGAGAAAAUCAAGUUAUGCUAUUGUGUGAACUUAUCCUUUAAUAUGUGAAGACAUAGAUUUUACUUUGAAUGAGAAAGUGUUGUUUUUUUGACCCCACCUUCCUGUCUGGAGAUUUUCCUUUGUUUAGAUUUACUGCCAACAUUUCAGAUGAUGAGACCAAACUAAUCGGACAUGUUGAAUCGUCCCCUCUGCUGUUACUCCAAAUCAAAACCCACAUACCUGUACUUAUAGGUCAUAAUAAACAAAGGAGUACCUCCAGGCUUUUCUUUAAAAUUGUGUGUGUGUGUGUGUGUGUGUAAGUUGCCUUUAGGUACUGAUAUGAAAACGACUAGUCACAGCUUUGUACGAAAACACUUCCUGUAACAGUCGGUUGACGUUUGGGUUCAAACUAUUAUGAACUGAUAAGCACACAGAUGGUGAACAAGCACAGUGUGUUUCUGCCUGCGAGGCUGAGUCUGGCCACCAGUAUUAUUAUUAUUAUUGGACAAGAGGAAGAGCUUAGGCAGGCCUGACAAUCUCCAUCGUCACGCGUCUGAUGAUUUUCAUGCCAGUUCCUGAUGCAGUAUGACUUGCCGAGGGCUGUUUGUCAGCAACCUUUCUUUUAUAGUAGCUGUACAAAUAAAACUAAAAUCUGUUUGAACUUUUUGUGUGACAGUUACUUUUUUCUCUUUGAUUUCUUUUAAUAAAAUGCUUCCAUGUUUUUCAAACUUGGG